CGGACGCGCUUGAUGGAGUCACAUGCGUUACUUGUUUAGUUUCACUUCCGCCUUUAGGAUUUGAUAGCUAGCUAGAUAAAAUCAUGAGACUGUGGGUUUAAACCAACGUUUGACUCCACUUGAGCUGGGUGUAAAUAUCACUUGGCUGUUUUUUUUUUUUUUUUUUAAACGUGUACGCAUGGAUAUUCGUGCGUCUGUUUCGGUGGCGUAAACAGCGCUGAACUAUCUAGCUAGCCAGCUAGUUAGGACACAAGGACUAACUUUGCUAGCUAGCAACCUUACAACUUAGCAAACAGGCUAACUCAUCCGGCUGGAUAGCUAGCUAGUUAACUAUCAUAUUGUUUUUGUUGCCGUGUUGCCUCUUAGUUGCAUAUUGCUCGGAGGAAUCUGACAGAUUUUUACAGAUGGCUAUCUUGCUAACAUGGAGAGCGCUAAUUUUCCUGAUCUUGUUGGCCGGUGGAGGACAAGCAAGUGACAACACGGUGAUGUGCAAACUGGUUAAGGAGAAUCAGUCUGAAAGGAAGGUCCUCAGUCUUCUAGAACCCCUUACCAAUCAAAAUUUUACUGGUGUUACCACGUCUGGAGAAGAGUACUACACAUACGUAUUCCAGGUGUGUGGUGAUGCAGAUGGGAUAAAAGAAGCGGGAGUAGUACAGAAGAGCAAGACUGGAAAACAAGUCCUCGUUGGGAACUACAGUUUAACACAGGCUAUUGGAGGAAGUGGCUGGGUAAUGUUGAUCUACAAUGGUGGAGAAAAAUAUGAUGGACAUUGCUCAGGAGAGCAUAGAAGCGCCAUCGUCAUGAUUUCCUGUAACAGGACUACAGCUGCGGGAGAGUUUUCAGUGGUUCUGGAAAACAGGGAUAGAGGUCUGGAUUGUUUUUACCUGUUUAAGAUGGACUCCAGUGCAGUGUGUCCAGUUAUUUCCUCCAAGCUCAGCACUGGAUCCAUACUUCUCAUUGUUGGCUUCUCCUGCUUGGCUGUGUACCUCAUUGGGGGAUUUCUCUACCAGCGGGUGGUUGUCGGAGCAAAGGGAGUGGAGCAGUUUCCAAACUAUGCUUUUUGGUCAGAGAUAGGCAACUUGACAGCAGAUGGAUGUGACUUUGUUUGUCGUUCCCGUGGGAGCAGAGACGAACCGCCAACAUACAGGGGUAUAGCUACUGAGCCAUUAGAAGAGCCAGAGGAAAGGGACGACCAUUUGCUUCCGAUGUAACCACUGUAUUUGAUCCAGUGGGGAAGACUUCAUUAAUUUAGGUGUGAACCAGGAGGGCUUGUGACAGUGUAAGUUCUUUAUACAAACCAAAAAAAAUUAUCUUUAUACAUUCCCUAUAUUGCUCUUUAUACUGUUCAGACAUUUUAGACAUGAAGCUAAUUUCAAUAUUUCAUCAAAUUCAGUUAUCUUAUCUUAUUUCUCAUAGUAGUAUAUAUGUAGAAGUGAUGCUACUGUGUUUUUUUUUUUGCUUGUUUGUUUUUUUGAGGACAAACUUGGCUAAAAAGUCAUUACAUGACUAAAGUGAUGAAUGAAUAAUUUGUAUCUUCAGGUUUACUUGGCAUACCUAUGCUCAUAUAUUCAGAUAUAUUAGAGCCUCAUGUAUUAGUUCCUGUCCAGUUUUGUUCCAAAGAAAUCUAAAUUGAAUUAAGUAUUUUGAUUUAAAUGGUUAGUUGCGUUUAAUAUUUAUAAUGUCCUGAGAGUUUCUUACUACUGCCCCUCUAGGCUUUCUCCAGUGUCUGUCUAGAGAGCACCUCAGCCAGUCUGUGCUCUGUGUUCUGCCAAGGGAAAGAUAAAUUAUUUGUGCACACAGAUAUAAAAUGGGUAUGUUGGUGUUCUGAUGGUGUUCAAGUGAGCCACUGGUAUAGCAGAGAUCAUAACAUAACUGAGCAAAAGCGCUAAAAAUGCUUUGCAGGUCUAAGGUAUAUUUAUAAACAUGCAUCACUAGUCAGAGCAAUGAUGGUGUGCAUGUUAUACCUUAUUAUGUUACUGUAUUAUUAUUAUUAUUAUUUACACAUUACAUAAAUUCUUUAUUAGAAUGGCUGAUCACGGAGAAAAUAAGUGAUGGGUACUAUGUCUAAAAUUAAAGAACACUUGUAAUAUUAUAUGUGAUGAACAGUAAGUAAAAUCGUAAGGAUUAUGUGCUACAUUUUGAUAAAUAGUCUUUGGCUAGUCUUGUACUAAAAAGCACUGUCAGGAGAGAUUCUCCAAGAAAUUUCAAGACUAGGCUUGACCUAUGUCUGGAAAUCUGGUGUGUAUUACAGUUAUUGCAUAAAUAAAUUUAGCUUUGUGUUUCUUUUUUUGUUGGCUUCUGUAAAUGUAUCUGCUUUAUCUAAUAAAACGGUUUGUACUGUGAA